AUGGCGACUGCAGAUAGCACUCUCACUGGCGACUGCCCCGCGCCUUCCAUCCUUUACAUGAUGACCUUGGUGAUUUCCACCAUUGGGAUUACGAGUAGUAGUGCGACGAAGAACGCGGCCCGUAAAUGUCCGGACAUUGUUGUGGCUCGAUUCGGUCUGCGCGUUACCGACUGGGAUGAAUCGCUCAGUCCAACGGGGGUAUUUGAAGGAGAAGACUGCAACAGGGGCUGGGUGCGCCAUUGUAAUUAG